CAAUAUCUUGAUCAUCUUGUGCCUUUCCGACUAAUCGAUGCGACGCGGACGCGCGGUCGUGGUCCAACAUCACUCAAACAUUAACCUGUCGCAUUCUUCACCUACAGCUUCAAGUCAUUUCGGUACCAAGUACAUGUUAGCAAGCUGCUGCUAAAGAGGCAUAGUCAGCAGGCUGGCCGAAGGACAAGCCCACUUCCGACAGAGCCAUCGAUUAGACCACCCCUGUCAUUUCCAAGCCGAAGCUGUUGAUAUUACCAGCAAAUCCCAGAAAUCCAAACGCCACCCUCGAUCACCCACGAGCAGGAACACCUCUGGCAAGCCUUGGUGCACACCGCGAUGCGAACAUGGCCGAAGAGGAAAACCUGCAGACCGUCUGUGACUUUACCGGCAGUUCAGACACGGAGCUUAUGCGCCGUGCCUUGAGGGCCAAGAAUAAUGAUGUUCAAGCCGUCAUUAGUGAAUAUUUUGAGAGCACGGAAAAGUUUGUCGACCGAUACUCCUACUCCGAGGCGCCCUUCCAGGCCGACCGCAAUGGCUCCUACAACCAAGAUGGUAACUUUAUGGCCCCGACGUUCAUGAUACAAGGUCCCGACGAUGGGGGCGCGGUCCUCCAUGGCGUACCACCCAGUGUCCCGCCGUCACGGCCACCAUCCCGAUCAGACAAUAGGUCUCCUAUGAGCAGGAUGAUGAACUGGGCGUCGGAAAACGCAGGUGCACCCACCACUCGAGCACAAGAAGACGCCGACUACCAACGUGCCCUGGCAGAGUCCAGGGCAUCAUCCGGUUUGGAAGCCCCGCCGCAAGAGAGCGGGGUGGUGGGUGCAAACGGGCAGGAUGUCUACCAACCUUUCUUCGGGCCGGCCGUGCGGGAAAAUUAUGAGCAGUCGCAGUGGGCUAUGGUCCCUGUAGCCCAGGAAAAGCCAGAUCCUAUACCAUCUGAGCGAAAGAGGAACCAAGGAAUUCCCCCGUUUCUCAGGUGUCGCAGGACGGGAACGGGGAGCGAGCAGCACAGACUUGGCGCUCUUUUGACAAUAUUACACCAGAUACCGGCAGCGCGCAACUUUUUUCUCGAGCUUGAGGCCAAGACGGGAACCUAUGGAAUCAACAACCAGUGGUGGAAGGGUGAGGCAAUCCCGCCUCCCCCAAGGGAGGACCAACAGGAGGCUAUCCCGGACGACGGAGGUUGGCAUGAAUACCAGUCGCAAGGCCCCCCGGCGGGUCUGGUGGAGGAGUUGCACCGGUUGAUGGCAUUCCUCGACAUAACGGAUCGCAGCUACGGACAGGCCGAUGUGCUAGCAGACAUUGUCCGGGAGUCGGCUUAUCAGAGCAACAGCGCCGUAGAGCUGAAACUGUUUGAAAUAAUGCAGGAAUCUAUCAAUAUUCCUAGCGAUGUCGUCAGGAACGUGUUUUGGAGCAUCGAGACGUAUCGAUUUGCAGUACCGAUCCAGGAACACGUUUGCGACGAGGCAUUUACUUUUGGCAUCAUCGAUCUUAACCUGUCGAGUGCCGCCUAUGCCAAGAUGGAGAGUCUUUACGACGCAUGGGAUGAGCUAUUAUGGAUCGAUGCUCACAGUGGGGAGAACGAAGAGUCCCUACGGACGGCUGCCGUCACCAAACCUGGCGAUGUGUUGGCCAUGAACUUUAGCGGCGAGGGCGAACUGUCACCAUCGAGACCUGUCGACAUACCGGCCGUUUUCUACGUUGAUCGGUAUUUGGCCGAGAACGUCGAAGGUCACUCGAUGGAGCAGCAGUUGCGGAUAAGACAAGAGAGGCGGGUGCUGGCAGAGCUCGAGGAGCGCGAAAGGUUGGAGACGCAAUGGUGGAACUCCAAGGAUCUGGCAUGGAGGGACAGAAUAGCACUGAGCGAGAAGGUGAUUGAAGACCGGGUGGAGAAGGAGAAGGAUUUAAAGUUCAAGGUACUCCGCCGAAGGUGGUUUGAGUGUGUCGACACUCCGGACUAUUUUCAUUUCAUCCCGGGCUGGAUGGAUGACAAGCUCGCCUUUUCUGAUGCAGAGAGGGCAAAGCUCAAGCAGUGGCAGCGGGAUCGACAGUUCCAUGAAGCUGUUAUUGCAGAUAUCAAGAACAAGAAACAAGAAUACGCAAAGAUACGGAGCGAAGCAAAUGCCGAGAUCAAACGCUGGACCCAGAGAUUCAGUGUCCCCUGCCCCGAGGACAACUGGGAACCUGUACAUAUGUAUCACCUCCGCGGAGUAGCGACAUCACCCAACACGAUGUAUUUGGCACAGCGUGCGGAGCCCGACCUUAUCGAGAUGGAGGGCAACCCGACACCGAUAGAUCAAUGGUGGAAGUUGUCAUAUGUUGCCGAGGACCGAGAGAAUCCACUCAAGAUCGCAACAUCGUCGAUUGAUGAGGCACGCAAGGCGGCUUACAUGGAGAGUACACGACCGAUUCUGGUUUACGCCAACGAUUCGGCCCUGGAAACGAUGCCUAAGCAAUUGUCAGAGGCACUGCGAACUUUUGUCAAGUUUGACAAUAGGGUGUUUAAGCAGGAGCUGAUCGAGCAGACACCGGACACGGUGAUGAGGUCACCGCCUGCACUUCCAGCGAGGAGUAACACGCCUUUACAACAACAGCCGCCGUCCCUGGUAUCUUUUUCGACAGAAUCGAUCCCAGGCACCAACAGAGAUAUCCAUACCAGCAGCACAGAAGUUUUUCCUGGACGGAACGAUGGAGCUGGCGACCAGCCGGCGGUUGAAAUGACAGAGGUCAGCAUGGUAGACCAGCGGGGAUCAAAUUAGUCGCUUUUCCAGGAGGUCGCGCGCCUUGUCGAGGAUGCAUUUCAGAAUAAUCCGCAUUGGGGCAGAUGAUUCAAUGAUACAGGCAGGAUUGGCGGCGAUGGCGGGGUAUGUCUUCCUGGCGAUUUUGAGAUGAGAAUGGUUCUGGUUUACAUUUCAAGUUCAACCAGGUGUCGAACAAAGACGGAUCAUUCCAGAUAUGCCAACCCAAGGCUUAUAGGGGACAACCCAAGAUCAAAAGGGAUGAUGUAAAGAUUAUGGAUGAUUAUUGACCCUAAGAAACAAAACAAAAGCAAGUCUGGAAGGGAUAAGGGAUGGUUAGAUAUCAUUUGCAGACUUAUGGUAGCGUCAUGGCGUAAUGACAGCGUUGGUAUAUGACGG